AUGACUGGUCUUCUGUUGUUGAGUACUCAUGUUAAAGGUAUGGAGGAUAUUGAAGAAGAUGAAGAUGGUUUUAGUGCAGAUAAACGCUUUUUUCGUCAUCGACGUCCAAUGGGUGAAUUUUGGGAUGGAGUAUCAUCAAAUAAUUUUUAUCCUGAAGGCAAAGGUAUGUUUACAGAAGAUAAACGAUUCCUAUUGGGUUUACCAACAAAAUCUGAAUUUAAACGUUUCUUACUUGGUUUACCUUCUACACACAGAAAUUAUAAAAGAUUCAUUUUAGGACUUCCAACACCUACUAGAUUUAACUCAUAA